CAGAGAUCUGACCAGUUGGGUUUGCGUGCAGUCGACAGGACUCCUUCUAUCCACCUACUCACAAGUUUCACUCUCCCUCUCACUUAAAGCAAGUCCACUCCCCUUCUCACCCAAAACCCACAAAGAUCCCUCACUUUCUCUCCCAUUUUCCUCCAAACCAAACACAACCCAGAUGGCCAUCAACAGGGACUCGACUCCCCCUCCAAUGAUCGGCAAGAUUGGUCCCUACACUGUGUUCAUGACUCCGCCCUCCACCCCUAAGCCGCCUGAACCGGUCUUUGAAUCUCCCCGGAAGGUGGCCGCGCCGGUCUUUGAGUCCCCCAAAAAGGUGGCCCCGCCUCCGGUCCAGCCGCCGCCUCAGCAAUUGGUGAAGCCCAUUGCCGUAUCAUCGGAUUCCUCGGCCGAUGGGUCGGUGUUGGGUAUUUUUAAGAAUGCGGUCACCAAAGUGCAGAAGGCUCAUUCAAGUUUGGAUGACCAUUUGGCGCGUUGGUUUGGGUUAAAUCAGUCAAAAUAUCAAUGGGCACUAGAUGAUUAUUACCAGAGCAAGGGGAUGUUAGAAAGUUACUUUAUAACAGGUAACAGAAAGAGAGAUCGAGGUCUCUUUAAAGUUUACGGAAAUGGACGGUGCAAAACCAAAAGAGAUAUCUAGCAAAAUGCAGAGUGUGUAACAUGGUUUCUGGACAGAAUUAAUUGCAAGAGAGAGCCUCAUGCAGAAAUCUUUUGUGUAUACUAUAAUUAUAUGCAUAUGUAUGGAGUAGAAGAAGUGCAUCUGAAUCUGUAGAAUCCAACCAACUUCUGGGUUUCUGGUUAAUUCAAUUCUCCGCCUGCUGCAACAGCUGAAUUUGGUUGUCUAACAGUUUAUAAGCCAUCCAAGUCUAUAGUUUUCAACCAAAGUUUUGUUCAUGUACUCCUUUAAACUGCCAGCUGAUUGUAUUUGUUGUUGUCGUACGUGUGGGUUCUGUACUUUUGGCUUAUUGGUGUAUUUGUAUUUUUCAUGACAGCCGUAAUUUGUGGCUUAUGAUUGUAAGAGAUGCUUUUUCGGCAUGUAUUUGUUGUCCCUCAUCGUUGAUUCA